AUGGUUGUUCCACCUAACUUUGAGGAAGGACAAUCAACCUAUAGACCUUGUAGAUUCAAUGGCCAGUACUACGGCCGGUGGAAGACUCGCAUGCAUGAUUUUAUAAUGGCCGAGGAUUCAGAACUGUGGGAUAUCAUUUGUAAUGGUCCACAUGAUCCCAUGAAGAAGCUUGAAGAAACUAGACCAAUGGUGCCGAAAAACAGAAAGGAGUACAUGAUAUUGAUAGAAAAUCUGUGGAAAAGAACUAUUGCGGUAAGAAAAUCUUGGAUGAAGGAUGAUGAGUCUAUACAGGAUAUACACACCAGAUUCACAUCCAUCAUAAAUGAGCUUCAUUCACUUAGAGAUGUUAUUCCCAGAAAAAAGCUUGUAAGGAAAAUCCUUAGCGUUCUACCUGGUUUAUGGGAAAGUAAGGUGAAUGCUAUCACUAAAGCUAAAGACCUACAAACUCUAACCAUGGAUGAGUUGAUUUGUAAUCUGAAGACAUACGAGAUGAAAAGAAAGAAAGACAGUGAAAUAAGAGAGCCGAAGAAGGAAAAGAACCUGGAGCAAUACAAACAAAAUGCUGACAAAGCAGCAAAAAGGAACCUGGUUCCAGACAAACGAUUCAAUCGAAAAAGCGCUGCUGACAACAUUGUGAAGCAGGCUCUUGCUGCUUGGGGAGACUCCUCUAGUGAAUCAGAAAGAGAACCAGAUGAAGAAAACAGUUCCAUGAUAGCAGUGGAAACUAAAGCAACAAACCUUGAUAAUGAUAAAGAGAUCCUGACCUUAGAACUAGGAGAAGCCGAACAAUCUAGAGAUGAUCUAGUGGUCUGUGUAGUGGACCUAAAUGAGACCAUAUCUAAUUUUGAAAAAGGAAAGGAAGCUCUAAAUGAAAAGAUAACUAGUGUAGAAAAUAAGAGAGAUGACCUGAUGGUUGUGGUGGUUGACUUGAAGAAAACAAUAGAAGGUCUCAACAAGGAGAAACACACCCUAGAAGAAAACAUUUCUGCUACUGAGCAAGAGAGGGAUGAUUUCUUAGUGAUAAUCACUAACCUAGAGGAAACCAUUGAGGGACUCAAUAGAGAACAUAAGACUGGGAGUCUUGAGAAAGGGAAGGAAGUAGUUAGUGAGACACACAUCAAGCUUGAACAUGGAUUAAAUAAUGUGAAAACUCGUCUAUGUGGUGAACUUGAGAAAAAUCGGCAACUUCAAGCUGAAUUGGAGAAAGUCAAAAUUGAUCUUCAGAAAUCUCUGAAAUGGACCUGGUCCUCAGAUGCUAUGACUGCCAUGUAUUUGAAUAAUAGUGGAAACAGGAACAAUGGGCACUUCAAUGAAAUUUGCUAG